AUGGCAGGCCCAGCUCGCAAACGUCAGAAGCGCGAAGAAUACCGCAAAGCUCAAGCAGAUCAAAAUGGUAAUGGCGAGCUUCCAAUGCCAAAGAAGAAAUUCUACAGGCAGCGAGCUCACGCGAACCCGUUCUCAGAUCAUGCUCUGGAAUAUCCUGCAAGUCCAGAGGUCAUGGACUGGACCAUCCACUAUCCAGCUUUCAAGUCACAGGACAAUGGAGAGGAUACUGCUUCUAGGUUGAGGAAACAGGUCGAAGUAGCGGAUAUUGGCUGUGGUUUUGGUGGUCUCAUUGUGGCUCUCAGUCCAUUGUAUCCAGAUACUCUCAUGAUAGGCAUGGAGCUACGAACCCAAGUUACAGAUUACGUGGUCAAUCGUGUGGCUGCUCUACGCUCGCAGAAUCCCCUACCACCGAACAGGUCUCUGGACCAGCCUUCCCCACCUUACCACAACAUCUCUGCUCUCCGAACCAACACGAUGAAGUUCCUUCCCAACUACUUUCCGGCCUCGUCUCUGUCGUCAAUCUUUCUUUGCUUUCCAGACCCGCAUUUCAAGGCACGAAAGCACAAAGCUCGGAUUGUUUCCGCCCAACUAAGUGCCGAGUACGCUUACGUCGUGAAGCCUGGCGGUAAGGUAUAUACAAUUACUGAUGUCGAGGAACUGCAUCAGUGGAUGGUGAAGCAUUUUGCAGGCGAAGAGGCUGGUGAUGUGCGCGAAAUGUGGGAACGAGUUACUGAUGAGGAGAACGAAGCUGAUCAGAUGGUAAGAGUGAUGAAGGAUGAAACCGAGGAAGGGAAAAAGGUCACGAGGAAUGCAGGCAAUAAGUAUGUGGCAGUAUUCAGACGCAGAGAGGAUCCAGAAUGGCCCAACUGA